AUGCCGACUACUACCACAAAUUUAGCCCUGUCGGCGGUGCAAACAUUCAGAGUCAGCACCACCAGAGCCGCCGUCUCAUCUCGCCACGCACGCUCCCCGAUCUUCGCCAUGGAAGCCGACUCCUCGCCCUCGCCGCUGCGCGUCGUGGUCGUCCCGUGGCUCGCGUUCGGCCACCUGCUCCCGUACCUGGAGCUCUCCGAGCGGCUCGCCGAGCGGGGCCACAGCGUGAGCUACGUCUCCACGCCGCGCAACCUCGCCCGCCUCCCGCCGGUGCGCCCCGCCGCCGCGCCGCGCGUGGACCUCGUCGCCCUCCCGCUGCCGCGCGUCGACGGCCUCCCCGACGGGCCGAGUCCACCAACGACAUCUCCUACGGCGAGCGUAAGUUCCACUGGAAGGCCUUCGACGGCCUCGCCGCGCCCUUCGCGGAGUUCCUGGCCGCCGCGUGCGCCGACGAGGCCACCAGGCCUCACUGGAUCGUCGCCGACUGCUUCCACCACUGGGCCGCCGCCGCCGCCCUCGAGCACAAGGUUCGGUCAUCCAACCAGAUCCACGAAAUACGGCUACCUGCUUGCUGGUUUGUCGUUCCAUGCAUGUCUCAUAUCUAGCUCCAUCGAUCACCAGGUGCCAUUGGCGAUGCUUCAGCCGACCGCUGCUUCGAUCGCCGCUGCGCAACGCCCGCCGUCGGUGCACCCCGACCCCGAUGCCUCUGUGGUUGAACAGCCAGGAGCCGCGGCCGCGCGCGCUGUGCCCCGUUACGAACGGGAGGGGCAUGCAGCGUUUACCACUGGCCAUGGCGCGUCGUCGGGUGGUAUGUCCGUCGUCCAGCGCUUUAUCUUGACAAAAGACGGGAGCACGGUAGCGGCCAUGCGGAGCUGCAUCGAGUGGGAACCCGAGACCUUCCCUCUGGCGGAGACGCUCCUCGGCAAGCCGGUCAUUCCCCUCGGCCUUCUGCCUCCGUCAGCCGAGGGAGCCCGCCGUGCCGCCGCCCAAGGAGAAGAGCACGCCACCGAGCAGUGGCUGAACGCGCAACCGCCCGACUCCGUUAUUUACGUCGCACUGGGAAGCGAGGUGCCGCUGCGCGUGGAGCAGGUGCACGAGAUGGCGUUCGGGCUAGAGCUCGCCGGGACACGCUUCCUCUGGGCUCUGAGAAAGCCCAGCGGCGCCGCCGACGACGACAGCGCCGACAUGCUCCCUCCCGGUUUCCAGGACCGCACCAGCGGCCGCGGGCUGGUGACCACGGGGUGGGUUCCCCAGAUGAGCAUCCUGGCGCACGCGGCCGUGGGCGGGUUCCUGACACACUGCGGACGGAACUCGCUGAUCGAGAGCCUCCUGUUCGGGCACCCUCUGGUGAUGCUGCCCAUCUACGGCGACCAAGGGCCGAACGCGCGGCAGAUGGAGGCGAAGCAGGUGGGGUUGCAGGUGGCGAGGAACGAGGACGACGGGUCGUUCGACCGCCAUGGCGUCUCGACCGCCGUCCGGGCCGUCAUGGUUGAGGAAGAGGCCAGGAGGGGCUUCGUGGCAGGCGCAGCAAAGAUACAGGCGGUCGUAGCUGAUACGGAGCUCCACGGCAGGUACAUCGAUGAAUUUGUCGAGCACCUCAGAUCUUACGCCGCAGCAAGUGCAAACUGA